AUGGCCACAAAACAAACCCCCCAGGGCUUCCUGGGCAACCUGACCGCGGACCAGGAGAUCCGCCUGCGGCAGAUGUGGGCGAUCGUCCUGCGACUGCUCGACGCCCAGGCUCUCGGUGCCGCCGAGCCCUCUCCCGACCCCGGUGUCAACCGCCGCAACUCUACCCUCACACGUACUAGCACCGCCAUCUCAGCCACGGCCGGAUCCGUCUACACUGAAGCGCUGGGGAAGGCUUUGCAAGAUGUGGGGGUCAGCUCGACCGAGAUCCGCGCCGUGCGCGACGCCCUCACCGGCUUGACGACGGACGACAUGCGCUUCGGCUUGUUGAGCACCGCCAAGUGCGACCACCCCGACUCGCUGCUGCUGCGAUUCCUGCGCGCCCGCAAGUGGGACGUCGGCAAGUCGUUCUGCAUGAUGCUGCAUGCGAUGGUGUGGCGUAUCAAGGACCAGCACGUUGACGAGAGAGUCGUUGCCAACGGCGAGCUGCACGCCCUUCGUCAGGAGAAGGAUACCUCCAAGCCCGACCAGGCCAAGGCGGGCUCCCAGUUCCUAGCUCAGAUGCGCAUGGGUAAAUGCUUUAUCCACGGAGUGGAUCGGCAGAGCCGUCCUGUUGGCAUCGUGCGCGCCCGUCUGCACCGUCCUUCUGAGCAGUCCGAGGAAGUCAUCACCCGCUACAUUCUGCAUGUUAUUGAGAUGGCGCGUCUCUUGUUGCUGCCACCGAUUGAGAAUGUCACCAUCGUUUUUGACAUGACGGGGUUCUCUCUUUCCAACAUGGAAUACGCCCCCGUCAAAUUUCUCAUCGACUGCUUCCAAGCCAACUACCCCGAGUCUCUGGGCAUGAUCAUCAUCUACAACGCCCCUUGGAUCUUCUCCGGGAUCUGGCGCAUCAUCAAAGGCUGGAUGGACCCUGUCAUCGUUGCCAAGGUGCAGUUCGCCUCCACGUUCGCCGACGUCGAGAAGUUCAUCGCCCCCGAGAACAUUGCCCCCGAGAUCGGCAUGAAGGGCUCGAGCUACGAGUUCGUCGAGCCGUCAGAGACCGAGAAUGACCCCAUGCAGGACACGGCCACCCGCGAUCGCCUGAUGGACGACCGCACCGCCAUCGGCGAGGAGCUGCUAAUCGUGACGGGCCAGUGGAUCUCGGCGCACCAGUCGAACGACCAGGCGAAGGUUACAGAGACGGUGCCUCGUCGGAAAGACGUUAUUGAGCGAUUGCGUGUAAAUUACUGGUCGCUGGAUCCGCAUAUCCGUGCGAGAAACCACUUGGACCGCACGGAUAUCAUCCAGCCCGGGGGUCGGAUUGCCUUCUAUCCUGGGUCGGAGACCACGUCGGAUACAGAGACGGCCAAGGCGAUAGAGGUGGAGCAUGUUGAGCAGGCGCAGGUGAAGGUUGUAAACGUGUGA